CGGUUACCCUAUAAAAUUUGUCAUGGCAACUAUUGUCACGGUAAGGGUUGUUAUGACAACCAUCCUUCUCCAGUUAUUUAAGAGUUGGGAUUUUUUUAUUUCUGACAAGUUGGUUUUUUCCAAACUUCGCUUGUCAGAAAACGCGUUGAAACCUGCAAUGGAGGAGUCGGAAGCUCGGUAUUUUUGUCAUGAAUGUACUAACGAGUUUGAGGAGGCAAUACAAUGUCCAGCAUGUGGCAGUGAUUUUGUAGAGAAGAUUGAAACAAGCGACGAUCCUCGACAAUUCAUUCGUUCAAGACCAAGAAUGAUGGGAUGGACAUGGUCUUUUGGACAUCGACCUAUAACGGUAUGUUCAAAUAGAUCAACAUGUCAAGGAACCUCAGAAAACGCGAUUUCAACGGAAACAUUAUCAGAGACGAUAUCAGAGACAACACCAGAUACAUCGGCCAAUGCGGCGCCUAGUGAGACUGAGAAUACUACGUCGCCUCCUCCCUCAAUAUCAGCUCAGUUUGAAAAUAUGCUUCAAAAUAUUCUUUCAAGUAUUGUUGGAAAUACAGCAACGGUAGAUAUUGCAUUGCAUGAAACAUCGGAUCAUCAAGAAUCACAAGCUCGUGAAGAAACAAAUACGGAGGGGGGAAAUCGUCCUCGUCCGGGAAAUUUUAUCUUUCAAAGAUCAUUUGUAUGGUCGAAUUAUCCUUCGAGUCAAGAAGAAACACGACAAAGUCCCGAAAAUACAACAGAAGAAACUCAAGAAACCACUCGUCCACGAGCAAUUCCUGUUCAUGAUUUGGAAAGUUUUUUAGAAAAUGCUUUUGGAACCGGACUUUCCGAAGAGGGAUUACCAGUAGGACCUUUAGGUAGAUUUUUUUCAAGUAUUUUUUCCAUGAGAAACCCAGGAGAUUAUGUUUGGUCAUCGACAAGUUUUGAUAAUAUUAUAACACAGUUGAUGGAACAAUAUCCAUCAACCAAUGCACCACCACCUGCUUCAGAAGAAGUGAUUAAUGCUUUGCCUAGAAUGGUAGUUGAAGAAGGAGAAGAUUUGCAUGAUUGCGUAAUUUGUAAAGAAGUUUAUGAACCUAAAGAGAUAUAUAUCACAUUACCUUGUAAACAUUAUUUUCAUGAUAAUUGCAUCAUAGCAUGGCUAAAAAUCAAUAAUACAUGCGCAAUAUGUCGUACAACGGUUGGAACUAAUGUAUUAAAUCAACCUUCAAAUUCAGAAACAGAAAAUAAAGAAGAUGCAUCAAAAAGCCCUGAUUAUAAUGAUAAUGGUCAAUUGGAGCAGGAACCCCCUGAUUAAUAAUAAAAAUCAUAAAUCCAUAAACAAUACGUCGUGUUUUAUUUGG